GAUUGGAAGGGGUACAGCAGCACUGAGCACCCUGGAGAGCCGCCCGUGUAUCUUUUUUUUUUAGAUUUUGUUUGCCUUUCUUAUUUUGCCAAAAUCGUGGCUAAUGCCGAACUAAAUAAAAAGUAUUCUGCAGCUUUGUAGCAAGACAGAGCAAGUUCAUUUUACAUGACCUCGCACUGAGUGUCACUAAGAAGAUUUCAAUCACCAUAGGACUGGCCAUUGUCUAUGCCAGUGGUUCCCAGCCUUAUUCCUGGAGAUCCACCAGGAACACUAAUUGGAAUAAAAACCAACUGGACGGUAGAUCUCCAGGUGCAUUGACAAGGGAAAAACAAGACAAAGCUGAAAUAUGGAGAUUGUAACCCAUUUCGUAAAUGACUCAAUAGAGUUUUAUAAAUGGAGCCUUAGCAUAGCAGAUAAGCGUGUGGAGAAAUGGCCUCUGAUGGAGUCCCCUUUCCCUACAUUGGCCAUCAGUGUUCUCUACCUGCUCUUCCUCUGGCUGGGGCCCAAGUACAUGCAGCACAGAGAGCCUUUCCAACUGAGGAAGACCCUGAUCGUCUACAAUUUCAGCAUGGUCGUGCUCAACUUCUACAUCUGGAAAGAGCUCUACCUUGGCUCUCGGGCAGCUGGUUACAGUUUCCGUUGUCAACCAGUUAACUACUCCAAUGAUGUGAAUGAAGUGAGGAUAGCGGCAGCUCUCUGGUGGUACUACAUCUCAAAAGGUGUGGAGUACCUGGACACGGUUUUCUUCAUCCUGCGGAAGAAGUUCAACCAGGUCAGCUUCCUGCAUGUGUACCACCAUUGUACCAUGUUCAUCCUUUGGUGGAUUGGGAUCAAGUGGGUUGCAGGAGGACAGUCCUUAUUUGGUGCACACAUCAAUGCUGCUAUCCAUGUCGUCAUGUACCUGUACUAUGCUCUGGCUGCCUUCGGACCCAAGAUCCAGAAAUACCUUUGGUGGAAAAAAUACCUGACCAUCAUCCAAAUGAUCCAGUUCCAUGUGACGAUCGGACACGCCGCCCACUCCCUCUACAUUGACUGUGACUUCCCCCAGUGGAUGCACUGGGCUCUGAUUGGCUACGCCGUCACCUUUAUCAUCCUCUUUGCCAACUUCUACUACCAAACCUACCGCCGCCACCCACGAAAGGAGGGCACCCCCAAGAGUGGCAAGGCCAUUACCAACGGCGACUCCGUGGUAACCAACGGCUUGAGCAAGGCGGAGGAGAAGCAGGCAGCGGCAGAAAAUGGGAAAACACAGAAGAAGGGGCGGGCAAAGCAUGACUAGAAGCGGGUCAGCCUCGCUAUGGACACCUGAAUUGCAGAUUUUGGAGUCAGGGGAGGAAAGCAGAAAAAGGGCGUGGUCAGAUGCCAGGCCUCUGAAGGUUGUUUGUCAGUGUGACUGUGACCAACUUUUGUGGAAGAGCGGGUGCAGUGGGGAUUAGGGUUCACACAGGACAUUACACAAAUUAUGAGCAAACAGGUCUAUUUAAGGGAAAUCCAAGCUCCCUCUUCUUACAGUGCAGGAUUGGGAAAGCACUGUAAAGAGACAGGAGCCAUGGCACCCACAAACCUCCUCCCCUCAAAACCAUGCUUUCAAGCAACAAGAUACAUCUUUAACCAAAGAUUCAUUUUCCACGUUGGAUUUUUUUGUAUGUAUCCUCACAUUGUACGUUUUUAAGCGGUUGAAAGUUGUUUGCUCAUGGAAGCCCACUAAAGAGAGGUGUGAGAGAGAUGAGUCAUGAGUUUACACACCCUGAAAGAGCAUUCCAUCAAAAGAUAACCACCGCUAUUGGUCAACACUCCUGAGCUGUGAUGUCAGUAGGACUGACCAGAACCCUGCCUUGCAGAGAGUAUCUGAUACCGAAUCUCAACAUAUGAGCGGGCCUGUCCUGGGUCUAGGUCUGAUUGUCAGUGGGUUUCUUUCUGCAAUCACAGGCCAUGGAAGCGUAUUGAGGCAUUGUGUAGGACCCAUUACAACUACUCAUGAGAAUGAAACUUGAUGUUUAUUGAGACUUGUGUGGCUGCUACCAUGCUAACUAACUCAUUAGCCUUUUCUGGGUGAGUUAGGUACCUCUUAAAACUGUAUAAACACAGGUGGAGAGGCACCACCUGGCAUUUGUACAGUUCGCUCAUUGUUGACUUCUGUGUUCAACAUAUAGACCUAUACCAUAACCUUUCUGAGAGUGUGCAUAUAUUUCCCUUACAAUAAAAAGUGAUCUGAUAACAAAAAAUAAAUAACAGAUGAAAUACAAUUUAAUAUUCCUAGGUUGUUAUUGUUAAUAUUUGAUACAAAAAUGCUUUUUAUGCCAAGCUGUAUGUAUUUGUUCUUCUGAAUCUAUGAUGGAAGGGAGAUGAAAUUGAUAAAAAGAAUACUGUGAACGUU